CCCAACGCCCUUCAGGGAGGGGGCCUUGGACGGAGCCCAGUGCGUCUCGGAGUCCGCAGGAUCGCCGGGGCCUGGGCACGCGGGGUCGGGGAGGCUCCUGACCUGAUUAUGAGAGGGUGCGGCCGGUCCCACACGGAUUCCGAACCCUGGGAGUUCCUCGAGCCGCAUCCAGCACCCUUAGCGAGCAGGGCCGGAGUCUACUCCAGAAGCUGAGCAGUCAUGACAUUUGCUGAGGACAAGACCUAUAAGUAUAUCCGAGACAACCACAGCAAGUUUUGCUGUCUUGACGUUUUGGAGAUCCUGCCUUACCUGCCCUGCCUCACAGCCAGUGACCAGGAUCGACUGCGGGCUUCCUAUACGCAACUAGGGAACCGGGACACACUCUGGGAACUCUUCAAUAAGCUCCAGAGACGGGUUGGCUGGGUAGAGUUCUUCAUCCGGGCACUGAGGAUCUGUGAGCUGCCUGGACUGGCUGACCAAGUGACUCGAGUGUAUCAGAGCUACCUGCCUCCUGGGACUCCACUCCGCUCCCUAGCUCCCCUGGAGUCACCAGCAGUUCCUGCUACAACCUCUGGACCUUCUGCUGCUCCAAGUCACAGCAUCCCUGACAAUGGCUACCAAGAGGGACUAGGCUACCCCAGGCCUGUCCAGGACACCCAGCCACCAAAUUCCCCAGGAGAGAGUUUAGAGCAACCCCCACAGGUCAGCCUCGGGGCCAUCCCGAGGAUGCUGUCAUCUAACCUGCAGGCUGUCAGCCCUCAGCACUCCAGAGAGCAUCAUGGUCAAGAGCCAGAAGUGGGUGGAACCUACACAGCAAGUGUUGACUCCAUUUCCACACCACUCCAUGGACCUGUGUCUCCAACUGUUUCCUUCCAGCCCCUUCCACGUACCACCCUGCGGACAAGCCACUUGCCUGGGGUCACAGUAUCAGUUCCAUCUCCUGAUACCUCCUUGUCUUCCUCUUCCACUGGAUUGGCUUUGGCAAAGGGAGCUGGUGACCAGGCCAAAGCUGCCACCUGUCUCAGCACAGAUGGGGGAGUACCCACCAAUUCUGUGACCACUAGCUCAGUGCCUUCCUCUACCAAAUUGGUACCAGUAACUACUGUGUCUUCCAAAAUGUCCUCCAAGUUGCCCAUCAGUACAAAGUCCACUGCUGCAAUGCCUUCUACUGUGCUCACCAAUAUAGCACCGUCAAAAUUACCCAUCAACUCAGCAUAUGCUGGCACAAUGCCAUCCAAAGUGCCUAUUAGUGUGGCCAAAGCACCUGCCAAUGUACUACCACCCAAUAGGAGCAACAACCAAGCCAAGGAGACCCUAGAGCCUCCAGCAAGCACAGUCACCACUAGAAGCAGCUUGCCCAGACCAGAUAUCAGUUCCAGGAGCUUGCACUCUGGGCCAGAGAUGGGCAAACCAGGUGCACUGUUGUCCCAGGUGGACGAGCCAUUCUCAGGAUGCUCUAUGGACCUUGCCAUCAGCCCUAGCAGCUCUUUGGGCUCCGAACCCAAUCAUGGUCCAGAGGAGAAUGAAUAUUCGUCCUUUAGGAUCCAGGUGGAUGAAGACCCCAGUGCUGACCUUCUGGUGGGAAACCCUGGGCCACUAGCUAUCCCGGAGUCCCCAGAAGUCGAAGAGCUUUGUGUCAGUCAAAUAUCCUGGGCUAAGUGGCUCGGGGCAACUGGUGCACUCUUGGCUGCAUUCCUGGGAGUGAUGCUGUACCGUAGUAGGCACCUGGCCCAAUGAAGAUUCAGCUGUGUGCCACGCACUUGCCCAGUUCUGCCAAGCAUGGUCUCUAGGCUCGGACUGGUGGAGGUUAAGUCAGGGGAACUUAGAGAUGGUGAGGUCCAUCAAGCCAUCUGUGGGGUAGGGGAGAGACAUUCUUUCCAUCCUAGUUCAUGACAUCUUCUGGUCUUUAGCUCUUUGGGGCACUGGAUUACCUCCACUGCUUCUGGCCUGCCCACAUGGUGGUUUAGGAUUUUGUGCUAUGUGCUCCUAAGGAGGUAUCCCCACCAACAUCAUCCCUGUUGGCUGAAGCCUGAAGAUGGGGAGGUAUCACACUUCUGUUGACAGAGCCUCUCAUCCUGCCCAGGUCUUUUGAAACACAAGCACGGGUGUAUUGGCGAGAGCUCCCGUAACAUCGUGUGCCUUCCACCAGCAGCCUGGCCUAAGGCCUCGGUACUAGAGCCUGCAGCAGAGUGGCUGGUUUCUAGGGAGCUUUGUUUAAGUCCUGUCUCUCUGGUCCCCCUCCACAGUCAGGCAACCCUAAGGGAAGGUCUGGAGGUUCCCUGUGGACUCUGAGAAAGCCAGAAGCAGCUGCCAGGCCUGAGAAAGACACUAGGAGCCCUGCUCCAGCCUCCUUACUCCACCUCUUCACCGCCUCCCUCCUGGUCUCCAUUCUCUUUAGUCUCCUACACUGGAUGAUGGAAUACCUAGUGGGCAGAGCUCAGGCUGGGUUUGAAUUUCAGUUCUAAGCUUACUCUGGCUUUAGCAGAUGUUUAGCUUCUGUAGUCUUUUUUCCCAGUGUGGACAGUGAACCCUUUCACUGGGCUUUUCUGAGACUGAAGAACAUAGAUAUUUACGUAGUGCCUAGCCCAGAGGGUGUGACUACCAAGUAAUUACACUCCUGCCCAGCCUGGUUGAACUAAGGUGAGCUUGAGAGGCAGAGUACAUGGUAGUAAUGUUACCCUCUUUGCCUCUGAGAGAACAGCUUUGGCCUACAUAGUGCUUCUGUCUCUCUGGCCCUGUGAUCUCUGGCAAAGUGUGCACCUCUGGGCUUCAAUUUUCUCUCCUGUGAGAUGCGGCAAAUAUGCAUACAUAUGUGCUAAUGUGCUCUAAUGUUAUCAAGAUAAUUAAAUUAAAAGUUUAUCUGUGAAAACC